AUGCAGCCAAAACUCGCUCCAUUCCGCUGCGCAGGCCUGUCCUCUACCCAUACACCAUCGAUAGGAUUGGGCACCUCCAGCCCAAGGAGCACCAACCGGCACCCUUGUCUCGCGCGGCCGAGGCACCGCUUGUGGCGUGUGCUGCUGACGCACCGUACAGUACACCGCGCUGUGCCCCUGAUCAAAUCACAAAAUAAAUCGUCAAAAAUUGCCCACCAAAAAUUUCCUCGGCGAUGUUUUGGCAAAAAUCACAACACGAGCUGUGAUUGGUGCGCUGUCCGCCUCUGCGCGAAAUUAACCGAAAACAGUACGCCACAGCAGCUCAACAUUGCCUGGGGGCGUACAGCGACACAAUCCCGCGGCCCGUUUGUCGCAAAUCGAGCAGCGCAACGAACUCGCAGGGUGCCGUUCUUCCCCCGACCACCGAUCGACGGAGCCUGCGACCGACGCGAAACGUUCGCGAGGGGGUGCGCAUUCGAGCGCGCGCUGUGCGAGCGUGUUGCUCCCUGGGCCUGA